UGCUCAAGGAGAGACUGAAACCAGAGGGAAAAUGGAUUCACAGGUUUAUUUUUCAAUGUUUUGUUAGGCUUAGUAAAUGUAGAGUGGAUGUAUCUAUUAAAUGCAUGUCAACCCAAUUUGCAUCAUUUUAAUAUGUUCUAGAUUUACUCUUUUCUAGCAUUCUGGAAUUUUUAGAUAAGAUGAUUUUUCUGCUGGUAAUUUCAUUUUUAACGAGUCUACAGAGUGAAAAGGUGCUUUCGAAGUGGAAAAAGUGUGGUGAUCAGGAAUGUGCAACUGCAAUGAGCAGAGUCCAAGCAACUAAAGACUACACAGGACUUGACUGCCGGUAUCUGAACUUCAAAGCUGGAGAAGAGAUCAUUGUGUACUCCAAACUUUCAAGAAAGCAGACAAAUUUGUGGGUAGGAAGUAAAGGGAAGGAUUUUGGAUACUUCCCAAAAGAUGCUGUCAAAGUUGAUGAAGUAUUUAUUACACAAGAAGUAGAAGUACCAACUAAGGAGACUGAUUUCCUUUGUCUUGAUGGAGAUGAAUACAGUUUUGAAAACAAAGAUAGUUUAUUACAUGAGCAUGAUGAAGACAAUGAAUAUCCAUUACCUUAUACAAAGCAAAAGGAACUAGAAUCAAAGGAGUUGAAAGAUGAACUCCAAAAGCAUGCAUCCUUCCAGUGGGAUCAUGAAGUUGAGUUAGAUCCUGCAAAUGAUGAAGCAGAUAUACCAUCCAGAGAUCAUCACAUGCAGGAGGAGACUACAAGCAAUGAGAUGUCCAGAAAGGACAGGAGUGGGAAUGGUGAUGCUGUCCAUCCAGAAGCUCAAAGCCCAUCAGCUCCAACACAAGCUACCUGGACUGUCUCUAGUGUUGCAAGAUGGCUUAACCUAGGAAGUAAACAUGAUGAAGAAACUACUGAAAGAGUUAGUAAGUCUGUAGAAGAAAAUACAUUCAGAAGCAGAAAAAUAGCAGUAGCUGGUGAAAGUGACUUAAAAAAGCUAAAUGAGGAAAAUGAACCAAAGCCCAUGGUUUCUGGCUGGUUUCAAAGUGGAUUGACAGACUUUCUGUAUUUUAGUAGAGAGAGGAUAGGCCAUGAUUUGCCCUCUGAUGAAAAUGAUCCACAAGCUCAUCACAGCUCUAGAAUGGGUGGACAUUCUGAUCAUGAACUUAGAGCUGCAGCUACAGAAACAUCAAUGGAUGAAGAACAGCAACAGCGUGACAAGGAGGAUUCUGACUCAAGCUGGUUUAAUUUGGAGUUACCUGAUGUUUUAACUUUUGGGCAUGCUAAGAAAGAUGAAACUAUAAUAAAUGAGGAGCAAAGCAGUGAAGCAGAGGAUACAACAGAUAAGACUGAAAAAAUGCAGACCUCCAACCAACAAGAAACUGAAUUUCACGAGGAUGGAGAAUUAAAAAAACAACCAGAAGAUGAAACAACAGAUGAAAAACAAACUGACAAGAAAAAUGUUGUACAAGAAAUAGUAGAUUCAGACAGUAAAACACCAAGUUCUGGGGAGCUACCAACAAACAGAGAUACUCUUCUUGACUUCAAGAGCACUUCAGAUUUAAAGGAGACAUCUUUUGCUGCAGAAGUAGCUGAGAGAAACAAACUAAUUGAACCUUACAGCUCAGAACAAGGUUCAGUAUCAGAAAGCCAAGUUUUGAAAAAUACUGAAGUUAAGAAGAGAACUCAGGAGUCAGAAAACAAAAAUGGCCAGUCAGAUAUAUCCAAUAAAAUAAAAUUACUAGAAGAAAGAAAAGAGAAACAUCGCAUAAAUACACCUUUGAAUAAUGAAAAUAAUAAUGCCCAAAGUUCAGAAGGUAUAAUAAUUCCAUUAAUAAAAAACAAGGAGAAAAUCCAUGAUUCAGCAAUAAAUAUUCAGUUAGGUGCCAAAAAGCUGUUCACAGAGAUGUCUUUCCUGAUUCAAAAUUACAUUCCCAGUGAUGAAGAAGGCUGGAUAUAUCAGAUACUCCUGCGUUUGAAUGAUCUUGACAUUGGCGACUUUAUAAAAUCUGUAUUUUCAGUAAUGGCAACUGUAAGCAGAAAGGUUGUGGCAGCAUUGCCUGAAGACAUGAGACCUGGUCCUGAUCUUUAUGGUUUUCCAUGGGAAAUGGUGAUUUGUGCUGCAGUUAUUGGAAUAUUUACAGUCUUCCUAUUCCUGUGUAGGAGUUAUCAAUCAGUUAAAAGCAGAUUUUACAUAGGAAGGGAAAAACAGCUUGCCAGUGAAGUUGCUGAAUUAGUUGAAGAAAAGUGCAAAGUGCUUGAAAAACUUAGCCUCCACAAGAAAGAGUAUGAAGACUUAGAAUUAUCUUUAAAAAAUGCCAGCCUGAAAGAAUCCACCGAUACAACAUGUACUGAGGAAACCUAUGAAAAACUGAACAGGUCAAACUUGGCGCUCAAGCAUGAAAUAGAGAAUUUAGAAAAAGAGCUAGAAAAAGAGAAAUCUAAGCGAUCAGAACAGGAUGAAAUGAUAACUGAAAUAGAGAGAAGAAUAGAGUCUUUAGAAAAUGAAGCAAAAUCUAUCCAAACACAAGUGGCUGAAGCCAAUACUACCUUAAAAAUAUUUCAUAUUAAUACAGAGAGGCUCAAGACAUCUGUCCAGGAUGCAGUAGAGGAAAACUAUCAUCUCCAGGAAAGUGAAAAACAGCUUUUACAAGAAGCUGAAGGAUGGGGUGAACGAUUUAGUGAACUAAAUGAACAAACAAAAAUGUUUGAAUCCUCAAAAGCAGAUAUGGAGGAAGCUUUGAAAAAUAAGGAGAGUCAAGUCAAGUCACUGACAGAAUGCUUAUUGAAGAUGAAAGACUGGAGCUCAGCAAUAAGGGAAGAUGAUGCCACUGAAGAUAGUCACUGGGAUACUGAUACAAAGGGGGAAACAGAAAAUGGAGAGCAUCUAGAUGAUCAACAGAAAACUGUAAAGAAGCUGAUAUAUGCUGCUAAGUUAAAUGCUUGUUUAAAAACCCUGGAAACAGAAAGAAAUCAAGUGUAUUCAAAACUGGAUGAUGAAAAUAAUGCCAAAGAAGAGCUUGCAGAACGCAUUGAAAAUCUCCGAAGUGAACAAGUUUCCUUGCAGUCUGAAAAUGCACAAUUUGAAAGUGAAGUACAGAAGCUUCAGCAAAAACUUAAAGUAAUGACAGAGUUAUAUCAAGAAAAUGAAAUGAAACUUCACAGGAGAUUAACAGUAGAAGAGAGAGAGCGCUUACAGAAAGAAGAGAAACUCUCUAAAGUAGAUGAAAAAAUUAAUCACGCUGCUGAAGAACUAAACAGCUACAGACAACGAGCAAAAGAUCUUGAAGAAGAGCUAGAAAAAACAAUCCGCUCUUACCAGAGUCAGAUUACUUCACAUGAGAAGAAAGCUCAUGAUAAUUGGCUGACAGCCCGGGCAGCAGAAAGACACCUCAAUGACAUAAGAAAAGAAAAUGCACACAGCAGACAAAAGUUAACGGAAACAGAAUUUAAAGUUGAACUUUUAGAGAAAGAUCCUUUUGCUCUUGAUGUUCCAGUUAGACCAUUUGGAAGAGAGCAUUCCCCAUAUGGACCCUCACCAAUGGGCCGGCCUUCAUCUGAAACAAGAGCUUUUCUUUCCCCUCCAACACUAUUGGAGGGUCCUUUAAGACUUUCACCUAUACUUCCAGGUGGAGGAGGAAGAGGAUCAAGAGGACCAGGGAAUCCAGCCAUGUAUGAAGGUGCUAAUGAAAGAGGAGAGUUGAUUUCUGAUAGGUUGUCUGAUCCCCACAGACCGCCUUCAGAUACCGGGUCUUUGUCACCUCCGUGGGAUAGAGAUCGCAGGAUAAUUCUGCCUCCAACAGGUCAGCCGUAUAACGAUCCAGCUCUUCCUCCUCGGAGACCAGAGCGAUUUUAUUCUAGUCCCCCAAACUCUGGAAGACUUUCUGGACCAGCAGAACUACGGAGCUAUAACCUGCAGCCUUUUGAUAAACCAGAUGGGCAGGCAUCUUCUGAAAACAGUUCAAGAAUGGAGUCAAGUGGAAAUGGAACAAAAGACCAUCCCAACCUUAGUAAUUUACUAAAUGUGUCUAAUCAGUCACUCGCAUCUGAAAGUGAAGCAGUUGGAUCAGGGUUUGCUGCCCCGCCCAUCCCUCAAAUCAGAGCUCCUCUGAUACCAGUGGAUCCUAGAGGGCCUUUUAUAAGAAGAGGACCUCCUUUCCCCCCUCCUCCUCCACCUCCUGGUGGCAUGUAUGGACCACGUGAAUAUUUUCCAAUGAGGGAUUUUGCUGGUCUACCUCGGCCUCCAUUGGCAAUGAGAAGUCCAUUUCCACCAAGGCCUUUUUCUCAAUACCCACCACAGAGAGCUGGAUUUUUUUCACCUCUAUCUCUUCCACUUGAAAAUAGAAACGAGCUGACUUCUGGCUUAACUCAUCAGUUAAAUGCACCAGCUACAGAACAUCCAGAACCACCACAAGAAACUUGACAGCGUUUGUGUGUCAGAAAUUCCCUUUGCUGUACUGUUCCUGUACCUUUUUAAAUUUUUCUUCUCAAUUUCAGUUAAGUAACUUGUGUUACAUUAAGGAAUUAUAAAUAAAAUACUUUGUGCAAAUCUAAGCUUGAUAGAAUAAUCCUCAGGAUAGUAUUUUGUAAAUAAGGAUGACUUAACUAUGAAUUCUGUGAAUAAAUGAUUUCUGUUGUACAGUAGUCAUUUUUAAAUUAAAUAUUGUUUUUAAUUUGAGUAACCUGUUCAGAGGAUAUAAAAUUGUAAUCAAAUAGAGUAACACUUACAGUCUAGCUAUUCUCUAUCCAAGUUUAGCUGCACAGGCAAUCUUUGCAUGCCAGAAGUGGUACUUAUUGCAGGAAGAAGGCAAACAUGAAAAUAACUUAAUAUCAUUUUCUUCAUUUAAAUGUUUAUUUCAACUUGUCUGAAAGCAUGAAGCAAAAUUUCCAUGGGUAGAGUGUUGUCUUUCUCUGCCACUGCCAGAAUGUUGAUCCAGUUGGAAUUUACAACCAGUGAAGUGUUAAAAUGUUUGUGAUUGUAUAUUAAUGUAUGUUGCUGAGAGCCAUUUAGUUCAAAUUAUUUAUGUUUUAGUUUACAGUACAACACUAGCCAAAGACAAGUAGAAAUAUUCUUUAACUUAAAUAUAAUCAGGUACAGAAUCUGUGAUUUUUUUUUUCAGUUAAUGGAAGAAAUAAAACAAGUAGUCAAGAGGAAGAAUGAAUUGAUUGGAUGGUGGAAAAGAUAGACUUACCCUGUUCUCUGCUUCAAGCUUAAUCCAUUUAUCUCCUCAUCCUGGUUACUGGGGUUGCUCUGAAAGGUGGUAUCUAUCAUAAUUUUCAAAUCUGGAAACAUCUGAAUGGGUUAAUUUCCUCUUGUAUUACACUUGAUCUUUGACAGUGUACACAGAGCAGAAGGGCAACAACGAGGUUCAUAGGGGUAUCUUAAUAAGAAGCAGUGUUACAAACGUGCCUGUUUGAAGAUGAGGCUCCAUCUAACAGGCAGCUUGAACUGGAAUUUUGUGGCAGCUUUGCUUGUGUUUGUAAAGUGAAGGGUUUAUGAUUAAAUCAAAUAAACAUCAAUGAAAUAAAUUACACUGAUCUUAAUUCAUUGUACAUUGUCCCACAUGACAUUCUGAAAAUUAUCAAAGACUUUUUUGUAGUGACAAAAUCUAAGUAUGCUAGGGGGUGGUGGCAAUAGUGAAGAGUGAGGGUUUGCGUUUGAGGCUGGGGCUUGUGGCACACAAAGUAGUUGUAAUUAGCAAUUGGGGCAGUGUCGUCUGAGGAUUAGCAGAAAUAUCAAACAGGAUGAUAAGAUGAACUCCAUGCAAGUAUCUAUUUUCAGGCCUUUCUGUGUAACAGAAGUCUGAAGUCUUGUAAAUGAAAGCUUAGGAGGAGCAUGGUCCUGUGCUCCUGGCUAAGACUCUAGAGUUAACGAACAUAACUGACUUGGGCUAGAAGCAAAACAGGUGGUAGAUGUGGCAGUUUAGUCGAAAUUGACUGAACUUUGCUACUGAGUCAUGGGGAAACUGAUACACUUGGCUACUGAUAAGAGGCAAGGGCCAAGGCUACAGCCCCAUUUUGUUAUUGCUUACAGCCCAGCCCAAAACACAAAUAAUAAACCCUUAUCCUAAUGUUUAUUGGGCUUCCUAUAGGAACACAAUAGCAAUUCUUAGUAAUUCUGGCUGGGGAGACUGGGGAGGAGGGUGGCAUGUAGACUGGCGCCACAGAAAGUUGCAACUUUUUUUCACCAUAGUUGAUGGUCUUCAUUGCCCACGCUUAUUUAAGACAACACAACUAUCUACUACAAUAAAACUACAUCUAAGACA